AUGACCUCCUCGGCCAUCCCAGAAAGUAACCCGUCCUCUUCGCCACGAGGCCACAGUCAAAGCGAAAGGGACUCGUCUAAUCGCAAAAAGCACAAAGGCCCCCGUCUCGCCUACCGCAAGUCCAGGACCGGAUGUCAGCGAUGUCGCGCCCGACGAGUAAAGUGUGAUGAAACACGACCGGUAUGUCGCAACUGCCAUCGUCAUGGGAUCCCCUGUGUCUAUGACAGACCCGCGAGGGAAAUCCAAUCUCGCCCACUCCAGCCCAGUUCAUCGGAUCCCAGUAAUAUAGAGUUGCGCUUGCUGCAUCACUUUACCCUAGUCGCCAGCGCUACUAUGCCCGGAGCCCAAUUGAAGCGUGUCAAAGACUGUUGGUCGAUCGACGUGCCUCGACUCGCAUUCGGUAAUAAACCGCUCCUGCACGCCGUCUUCGCAAUCUCGGCCCUCCAUCUGUCCAAAGCCAAUCCAAACGAAGCUGGCUUGCUGGACAUCCACUGCAACUUCCUCGAGCAGGCUUUGCGCGAACAUCGACUCUGUAUCGGCGGCAUAACUACGCAGACCGCGGAUGCGGUGUGCUUUACAAGCAUCCUGUUACAGGUCGACGUAUUUGCUACCCUACAAAAUCAUACUGUUGUUUCUUCCGAAAACUUUAGUGAAUGGAUGCGUCUAGUGCGCGGGUCGGUCGCUGUCUUUGACGCGGCCUUGGAGAUUGCGAGGCAUAAUACCCAUCCCGCGAGUACCUGGUGUAUUAUUGAUACUUUUCCUAUUCCCUUGCGGACGAAUUCUGAUGCUGGGGCAUUUUCCUUCCUGCUUCCGACUGCGCUCGAUGACGAGGAUAACGAUACGGCGCUAGAAGCAUAUCGAGGGGCCGUCGCGCAUAUCAACGCCACCUGGCAGGCCAUGGAAGCAAAGGAACAUCCGCAAGUCACCUGUCGCCGGAUCAUGGUCUUCCCGUUGUUUGUGAUAAUCGAAUUCAUGGACCUACUCGAGAACAGGAGACCUCGUGCUUUGGUGCAAAUACAAGCCGCUAUUCCGCCUGGGAGAUCUUCUCCAACUGCCACUGGUGCGGCGAGCUCGAGUCUAAUGUGA